AGGUUAUACUCAAAUAACUUUGUACACACGAUGGGGGAAAAUGGUCGGUAUUGGAUUUAUAAAAUAUAAUUAUUUGUAUAAAUUAGUUAUGUAAGAUGCUGUGCAUUGUGCUGGUCAUGUUAUUUCUGUUCGCAAAUGUUGAGCUAACUUCGAAUCAAUUAAGGGUGAUUAUUAAAAAAAAAUCUUUCGCCGAUGAGUGUGUCAUUAUCAACAAUACCUUGACUGAGGGAGAGUCAGCGUUCAUUGAAUUUUAUAAUGGCGAGAGGGAUGUGAUAUGUAUGAGUAAUGGUAAAAAAACUGGAAUGGACUCUAGAAUGUGAAAACGGUGACUGGAAAAGGUAUAAGAUCGCGGAGGUUACCGCGUGGAUGCACGGUACGUGGUCGUGCAACAUCUCCGCCGAUAGAACCUUGUGUGACCUGGACGUAAAGAUCAUCGCCAACGAUUCUUGGAGUAUAAAGGUCAAUGGUCGAGUGAUCGGCCCUAUUCAAUACAAUGAAAAUGAUAAUGUAAGUGUCGCGGAGCAUGAGUUCUGCGAGAAUGAACGGGCUCUCGUCGACUGCGGCAAAUUAAAGCCAGCCAACAUAACGUUUAAAGUACAAGAUGAACCGAGUAUUAAAUAUAUCCGAAAUAAUACUGUUCAAGCGGAAAUGUUCAUGAAAAUGAAGUCUGAACACAAUGGCAAGUAUAUAGAAUGUCACCACAACUACUCCGGCGUGGAAUCGGUCGUGCGGAUCAAACUGAAACUCAAAACACACAUAUAUGAUAGCAUGUCGCAGUAUGAUGACCAUAAUACAAUGUGUUCCACCGACUCAUAUGCCACAGUUGACUUCAAAACCAGUUUAGAUAUUUGUAACUUUGAUAUGGACAAAUCCAUCUAUGGACCACCUGGUCCUACGUUUCCUCAUGAAUUGAAAGGUUUGCAACCAUCCAACGUCGCGUUCUUAUUUAAAAAUUUGACUGAUGACAAAGAAGUACAUUAUGAAUAUUCAGACAAGGAAAUGUUAAAUAUCUCAUGGAACAUAAAUCUUGUACCGAAUAUAUUUAACGAAUACACGAUGUAUUGGAAAGACACCUUAUUAUCGUCAUUACCCAUAAUGACCACUCAAGCGUCAAAUAACCUAAUGCAAGUAUAUGAUCCGAUCACGCUCGGACCCGCUGAUGAUGGUACAGUCAUUAGGUUUGUGGUAACAAUAGGCGAGAGAACUGUUGAUAAGUAUAGAAUUAUACUGCGACGGUUAGCGCCCGACACUGCCAAAGACGAUUUCUGGUUCUACGUCAUAACGGGAGUCCUCGGUUGUAUUAUAAUAAUAUUAAUAGUGAAUAUAAUAUGGAUUUUGAAAAAAAUAAAGCGAAGAAAAUCUGAGCCAGUAAUACGCAGAAACGUCGAAACGUGUUCAAAUGUUUACGAGGAGAUCGCGCCGUUCCCGCCGCAGUGGGACAAGCAAUCGUGGAGAGAGACAAUUAACUCCGUAUACGAGGGAGCCGAAGCUCACUACUCUGAAAUUAAGGCUACAGCGGAGCAACGAUAUGCCAAAUAACUAGUGUUUCCUGUGGAGAUGGGAAGGGUUCUUUGCCAUUCCAGUGGGCGCCAGGCUUUAUGUUUUUGGCGUGUUUAGAUUGCGCUGUAUAGAUGUCGGCAAAUAUCUUGACCCAUUCGCGGGCUUGAGCGAAGUUGCUUGAUGUAUCCAUUUUUUGGUUAAAAUGUCUCGCUGUAGCCUCGCGCAAUUCCCCGCUGGUGCGGUAGUUACGGACUAUCUCUGGGGACAGCUGGUACGAGCAAACAACGCUCCUCGAAUUCAACGAAAGCCCUGCAGCAUGCAUCACGGGAGGACUUUUCUUGGGUGGGCAAACAGUUCUAAGGUGGGUGCUGAACAUCCGUAUUCCUCUCCUCAGCUGUGCCAGUGUUCCUCGCAGACAUCCAAAGAGAUGUGUCAAGAUAUUUGCCAAAAGCUAUACAUAACUAUUAUAAAUGUGUAGAAAAAUAAAGAAUAAUGUAGAGGAAUUAAUCGUAAUUUCCAAAGAACUUUUAUCAUUUUUUUCGAUCUAUUGUGAAAAUGGACCAAUUAAAGUUUUAUAUUAGUGCCAAAUAAAGAUGUUUUCUCAUGUUUA